UCUGGUCUUACUUCAACACUUCCUCUUCUACUUUCCUUGAUCAGAAACAAAAAAUCAGAUACCACUCUCCUCUCUUCGAAUCCCUAAAUAUGCAACAAGACCCAAACUCCAGACCCGCCACCGGUUAUCCAUACCCGUAUCCACCCCAACAACCCGCCCCUCCCUCCAACGGUUACCCUCCCAACCCCGCAACCGCCUACCCCUACCAAAACCACAACCCUCACCCUUACCACGCGCCUCACCCCAACCCACGCGCCAUCCUCUUCCGCCGCCUCUUCACCGCCUUCACCGUCUUCCUCCUCAUUCUAGGCCUCAUCCUCUUCAUCUUCUUCCUCGUCGUCCGUCCCCAGCUCCCAACCGUCCACAUCACCUCCCUCUCCGUCUCCAACUUCACCGUCUCCGACAACCGCCUCGCCGGAAACUGGGACCUCCGUCUCCAGUUCCGAAACCCUAACUCCAAGAUGUCGCUUCGCUACGAAGCCGUCACGUGCGAUCUGCGCUACGACCGCGUGUCUCUGGCCGAGACGCGUUUGCAGCCGUUCGAUCUCGGGACGAAGGAGCAGGCUCCGGUCAACGGGACGCUCUCCGUGGCCGGGACUUAUGUGGAUGGUCGGUUGGUUGAUUCGAUCGGGAAGGAGAGGGGAUCGAAGGGGAGCGUGGAGUUUGAUUUGAGGGUGGUUUCUUUGGUUAGUUUCCGGUAUGGAGUGUACCGGAGGAGGAGGUACGUCACGGUUUAUUGUGAUGACGUGGCGGUUGGUGUUGCGGGGAAUAGUAGUUCAGGGAAUAUGGUUGGUUCGAUUAAGAGGUGUAAACCUUAUUGAUGGUAGGAAGUGAGUUUCUUUGUUACUGGAAUCAAGAAUAUGGAUUGCUUACGUUAGGAGUUUUUUAUAAUUUUUAACCAAUUACUUUAGUUUAUUGUGAUGUUGAUGAUGGGAAUAUUCAUGUUUUAUAAUAUGGAUUGAAUGUAAAUGGAGUGGACAAUGGUUAUUUCAAUGUGUAUGGUGAAAUAUUCAUGUUGGAGAGAAAGAAUCAGAAGAAAAUUUUCAGCUAAUAGUGUUGUUGAAUUGUGUAGCGUGAUUGAUGGUAAUGAAACUUGAACGGUCUUUGGAAUUACUUUUGGUACUAUAUUUUGGUUCUGACAUGAUUUGGUAUUCUUGAUUUCAACUUUGGCCCUGUCCAAAGAUGUUAACUUUGUAGAUUGUAUCAAGGUUGGAUCGUUAGGUUUCAGUAAUAGUCACAAGGGAUAUGCUUACUCUUGUUGGAGAAGGCUGAUAAUUUGUGGAUUCUGUAUGGUAUUUAAUGGUUCUUAGUAAAGUAUGUUUGUUUCCUGACUACUUAAUUUUGCGGUUAGGGUAUAUUUUGGUUUUGUCAUGGUAACUCUGAUUGUGUUGAUGAAAUGUCUAUGUUUAUACAUCUCCUUCGGGAAGUUCUACUGUUUGUUUUGGAUUGGUGAGUAAGAGAAGUGAUUAAGGAAUAAUGUUUUCUAAAUGGUUAUGGUUGCUUUAGUAAAAUUCUACUUCCUUUAUUGUAUUUUGAAUUCUAGAAAAUUUCCAGAACCACAAUCUUUUCCAUUUCUCCA